UAGUGAUGGUCGGUGGCGUCUUCUCUGUUUUUUUUACAAGAUUUUACUAUUGGAAACAUUUUAGUAAACAAAGUAACUGAAUAUACCAACUAUACUUUUAAACAAAUCACAAGAUACUGUCCUAUGGAUAUAUCAAAAAACGAAGAACCAUUGUUGGCAUUUAUAAGAUAUAAUGAAUAUAAGAGAAUUCAUGGAACAUCCACGUGACUAGAAAUCUUACAAUUGAAUUAUUGAUGGUGUAAUCAAUAGUUCUGAAAGUAUCUUGCAAUAAAAAUGCACUAAUAACACAGCUUUCAAUUGUCAACAACUUUGAAAAUUUACAUAAACAUGGAAUCCUGGGACAAUUUAAUUUUACAAUGGAUAAAUUGCUUACUUAUCGGUACAGGAGAUUGUGUUCAAUCUAUAGAAGAAUUGCAAGAUGGAAAAAAAUAUUUAAAAUUAAUUAAUAAAGUGAAAAGUUUUAAACAGAAAAUUGAUAAUGAUGAAGUUAGUGAAAAAGAAAUUGUAAUUCAGUUUUUAGAGGAUGAAUAUCCAAAUUUUGUGCUUGGAACAAAAACUAAAACAGUAGAAAGAUUAUGUAUUGCUCUACUCAUUUUGUCAAGAUUAUCAUUAGAACCUGUAUUUCAUAAGUCGUUGUGUACAAAUCUGAACCUAGAUAUUCAAAUUAUGAUUAAAUCAAUCUUAGAAUCUGUAUAUCCUCUAGGAAAAAAGGUGACUAUAGAAGAUCUGUAUCAAACAUUUUCACUUUUAGAUAAAUCUUCAACAGAAUCUUUUUCUACAAAACCUAAAUAUUUACUGGAAAAUUUCUUGAAUUCCCCAGUUACAAGAUCAGUGCACAGUGACAGUAAAAUACAUGAGCAGACAAAACAAAUACGUCACCUUCAAGCAGAUCUUGAAACAGUACGCUAUGAAAAGUGUGAGCUUAUAGAAGAUAUUAAAAUUCAAAAAAAACAAAUUGAUGAUUUACAUAAAAAGUUGCAAGAGACAUUAUUAGAAUUGAAAAAUUUGCGUCAAGAUAGUUUAAAGAGUAACGAUUUCAAUGGUUCCUAUGAACCUACAACUCCGAAAUCCUUAGAAUUAUCAUAUGAAAAAGAACUGCAAAGCUUAGAGAAUUAUGUUGCAGAAUUACAAAGUGAUAAUUUCAAAUUACAAGAUGAGAAAACUAACUUGUUAGAUGAAUUGAAGAUCUGUCGAAACAAAUACAAUUCAAUAGAGGAAAAAAGUUCAAAACACGAGGAAAUGAUUGAGUCAUUAUUAUUUCAGAUUGAAGGGAAAGAUAAUGAAUUAGCUGAAUUAAAAGCUAAGUAUGAAGAAUUAUGUCUCUAUUUAAAAGAAAAAUCAAAACCUCUAUUCAUAAAUCAAAGUUUUGAUGUAGAUGACAAAGUAGUUCUAGAAAAUUCUAUGAAUAACAGUGAAACUUUAAGUUCUGUUAUUGAUAUUCAAUUGCAAGAUGCCAAAAGGGAAAUAAUUGAAGCACAAAAUAAGUACAAAAGAAUAAAUUCUUUGCUGACAAUAAUCAUAGAAGAAUAUAUCAAAUUAAAAAAAACUGUUCAAAUGUUAUUCAAUGAUAAUGCUAAAAUUAAAGCUGCAAAUGAGGAAAAGUAUACAAUUAUUAAUGAACAGCUGCAACAUAUUUUAAAUAAAAAGAAGCUAGAAAAAGAAUCUCAAUUACAAACUUAUAAUGAAUUAGAUUUGAGUGAAAUCAAGCAGAAUAUCACUCAAAUACUACAAGGAGACUCAGAAAAAAUGAAGUCACUGCUAUUAAAUUUUUUAAAUCAAUUUAAUAAGAGCAAAGGAGUUAAGAAAUUGAAUAAUUACAUUAAUUUUGCAAAAGGUGAUCAGAACAAUUCCAUUAUGUACUCUGAAUAUUCAAAUACUGUGAAAAGCUUGGAAAAAUAUCAAGGAGAUAAAAGUAUUAACAUUAUUGAUAAAAAUAGGAUUGUUUUCAAAUUCUAUGAUAUUCUUUGGCAAGAAACUUGGCGCAAAAAUUUAGUAAUAUUUUUUAAGACUUUACUUGAAAAUAAUAUUACCUCUGGGAAUAUUACAAAUAAUACAACAGAUCAUGAAAAAGUUAUGGUAAAAUAUCAUAUGAUAGAUACAAUGCUAGAAAAAAAUUUGAUUAAGUGCUUGCAAGAUUUAUACAAUAAAAAUGAAGCUAAUAAAGCAUCACUGAUUACUAAAGAAGAUUUGGAAACAAUCCGAUUAGAUUGGAUUUUAUUGUACAAUAAUAUAAAAGAUACUUUGAAAAUAUAUAAAGUCAUACUUCUCUUGGAAAAGAAAUGGAAUAUUGUAUCAAAAUCGCUUGGAAAUUAUGAAAACUAUAUAAGUGAUGAUGUAAGAGAACUUUUGGGAAAGAAGGAUGAAAUUGACAAUGAGUUUAAUAAGAUUUUUGUUAUGAAUUCUAAAAUCUUAUUUUUUGGUUUCAUUACUGCUACACAGCUAACAACCAAAAUAAAUAAAAGUAAGAAUGAAGAAAUAACUCUAGAGAAUAUAAACUAUUCCAUGUUAGAAAGAAAGAAUUCAGAAGACAUACUGACCCAUUCUAAAUGUAUUGAAAAAAUUGUCAAUAUCAAGAAAAGUAUAAAUGAUUUUGAAAAUAUGAUAAAGUCGAUUCAUGCAAAGCUUGCAAUAAAAAUUGAAUGGGCUGAUGUUUCAGUGCAAACGGAAUGGAUAGAAACUCAACCUACUGUUGAGACUGAAUAUGCUGAUAUUUGUAUACAAACAGAAAACCCGGAAGAAUUGCUAGAAAUAGAACCUAUAGUAAAAAAUGACUACAUAAAUGUUUCUUUGCAAACAAAUAGCUACACAAAUCCACUUGAAACAGAUAUUGAAAUCAGAACUGAAUAUGUAAAUGUCUCUUUACAAACUGAAGAUCUAAGAGAAUCUAUGAAUGUUUCUUUACAAACUGAAGAACCAACAGAAUUUUUAGAGUUAGUGCCUAUAAAAGCUAUUAAAUAUGCAAAUGUUUCUUUACAAACAGAUAAUAUUAUUGAUGAACCCAAACCUACUAUAAAAUCGAAAUGUGCUGAUAUUUCUAUGCAAACCGAAGAUAUGUUAGGCUUUAUUAAAUCUGAGCCAGUAGAAAAAAUCGAAUGCAUAGAUGUAUCCCUACAAACAGAAACUAUAAUAAAGGCUGAAAUACACCCUGCAGUAAAGACUGAGUACACUAAUACUUCUUUGCAAACGGAUAAUUUAACUGAGUUUACAAAUGUUUCUCUUCAAACUAGUAUUUUAGAACCAAUCGAAAUACAAAUUCCUGUUACAUGCACAAAUAUUUCUAUGCAAACUUAUAAUUCAGUAGAAUAUCCAGAAACAAAGUCUAUCAUCAAGACUGAAUCUAUAAAUGUCUCAGUGCAAACGGAGAAUAUGCAAAUCACUGAAGAUGCUGAUAUAAAAGACAAAAUAAGUAGAGAAAAAGAAAUUUUACGACAUCAAACUGAAGAGAGUAGAGAAAGUAUCCUCAAUAAAACUGCUAAAAACAGUAGAAGCAUAUUAGAAUCGGAAGAAGUUCAGAACUACGUGAAGGAAUUACAUGAAAAAUAUGAGAUAAAGCUUGAAAAAAUGAAAGAGAAAAUGAAAUCAGUUUUCAAUAAUCAAGUAAUUGCCUUGAAAAAAGAACAAGAGUCCGGAUUUACGAUGAAAAAAUUAAAAGCUUUAGAAGAACAAUUGGAGCAACAAUGUCACAAUCAUUCAGAAGAGUUGAAAAAGUACAAGAAACACGUUAGUGAAUUAUCGACUCAAUUAUGGGAAGUAGGCGACAAGCUGUUAAUCGAGAAACAGAGAAAGGAAGAAAUCAUUCAAAAAUACAAAGACCUGAAAACAAAGCUAGAUAUAAUGGAAGCUCACAACUCUAAAAUUUCGAAACACGAACCGAAGAUUCACGAUCAUAAAGUCUUGAAAGCUGAAGUAGAACGUCAACCUCUGCAGCAGCUCGAAAUAUCAUCAGUAAGUAAGAUGCAAAAUGUUCGAAAUUUCCAAGUAAUGGGCAACGCCUUUAGAACAGAGGAUGAGGAGGGAGAGCUUUUCGAUACGACGUACAAUCUCUCGGAACUGCAACGCUCACAAAACAUUCCACCACCUAACGAUUUGGACAGAUUGUCUAUACUGCAAUCAAGAAAUGCCAAGUGCAAGCCGCAUUUGAAGUCGUCGUAUGCCGCAGAGAUGCAGUCCUAUCCGUUGCCUGUGACAGAAGAUGAGAUAAAGACGGGGCCUCCAGAGGGAUCUGCCUCGGAAGAGGUAUUCAAUGACAGUCUGAGCCAGAGUUUACUUACUGGCAAGAAGGUCAAACGGCGAGAUCGCACCCGCAAUGGCUCUGAAACUUCGCGACGAAGCACUCGUAGAUUUAGCAAUAUUUUUCGCAAGCCACGUUUGUCAUUAGAUCAUAAGUAAUUAAUUAUGACAUAAUUCUUGCAAUAUUGGAUGAAGAUUUUCUUUUAAUUGUCACGAUGACGACGUAUCUUUUUGUAAUUAUUCAAAGGGGUUUUUGAAUUUGACUAAAAGGAUGUAUAUAUAUAUACUUUUUUAAUAAACCAUCAGAUGCUUAUCAAUAACGCUGGCGUUAAAAUUUAGUGACAAUAGAUUUUAAGCGUAUAUAAACUUGUAAUAAUGAGACUAAUUUUGUGCCUUAAAAAACGCAUUAAUUCUAAAUAAAACACCAAAAAAUAAAAAUGUUGACAAAUGUCGAAGUUAUAAUAUGCAUCCAUUUACGAUUUAUGGUUGUAAUUUUUUCUUAUUAUCGUUUGGUAUCAUUCAUUUUUAUAACGUAAUUUCACAUACGUAAUUUUCAGAACCACUAGAAUAUCAAUCAUCGACAUACAGCUGAAACUUUGUUGGAAGCUUACAAAUAAGUCUAAUUUUUUUUAGAAAUAGAUGCUUGUAUAUAUGUACAUAUCUUUUAACAAAUUUUAUGAAGAAUUUUAUAAGAAUUUUAAUGAAAACUUUUAAUAUCCAGUUACAUAGUUGAAAUUUUAGUUUAACUAGUCAUGAAAAUUGUGUAAUUUUCUAUUUUUACGUUAUCAUAUUACAAAUUGCAUAAUUUUUCGACAUUAUAAUUACAUAUUUGUAAAUAGCUAAACUUCUUUCAUUUGUACGGUUGUAUAUUUUGCAGGCGUAUUUUACAUUUUUAAGUUCAGGAUACUAUCAAUUUUUAAGUAAAUAUUUUUAUAGUGUAUGUAGGUACAUUUAGAGA